ACAAAGCUCAAAUACUUUCUUAUACAUUACCAAACAAAAUACAAAAUGGGUCGUGGUUAUAACUUACUAUCCAUUCUAGUAACGUUUUUAGUAUUGGUUGCAGCUGUAACUGCACAAGGAAAUCGUGGUUCAAGCCGUGGAGGUGGUGGUCGAAGACCACGUGUUGGGUAUUAUGGCAAUAGAUGCCGGAACGUAGAGUCCAUCGUGGCUUCGGUGGUUCGAGCACAUGUCCGGUCCAACCCGGCUAAUGCACCCGGGAUUUUGCGUAUGCAUUUUCACGAUUGCUUUGUUCGUGGCUGCGAUGGCUCAGUUCUCCUCGCUGGUGAUACUAGCGAGAGAACCGCCGUUCCAAACCGUUCAUUGAGAGGGUUUGACGCUAUUGAAGAAGCUAAGGCUAGGCUUGAGGUUGCUUGUCCUAGAACUGUUUCUUGCGCUGAUAUCCUCACCCUUGCUGCACGCGAAGCUGUUGUUUUGACCGGUGGUCAAGGGUGGCGAGUGCCAUUGGGACGUCUGGACGGCCGAAUCUCACAAGCCUCGGACGUGAUCUUACCCGGACCAUUCGACCCCGUCGACAAGCAGAAGCGAGACUUCGCUGCUAAAACUCUCAACACAAUAGACCUCGUAACCCUUGUUGGCGGACACACAAUAGGAACUGCUGGUUGCGGUUUGGUAAGAGGCAGGUUUUUUAACUUCAACGGCACAGGACAACCCGACCCAUCAAUCAAUCCGAGGUUCGUACCAUUGGUUCAGAAUCGAUGCCCUCUAACCGGAGACGCAUCAGCCCGAGUCGUCUUAGACGAUGGUAGUGUUGGCAGGUUUGACACGUCGUUCCUAAGGAACGUGAGGUCAAGCCGUGUAGUUCUCCAAUCCGACCUAGUCUUAUGGAGGGACCCCGAGACUCGAGCCAUCAUAGAACGGUUAUUAGGUUUACGCCGACCAUCACUGAGGUUUGGAACAGAGUUCGGGAAGUCGAUGGUCAAGAUGAGUCUUAUAGACGUUAAGACAGGAUCAGAUGGGGAGAUUCGUAGGGUUUGCUCUAGGGUCAACUGAUUAAGAAUAUGAAAGCACAACAGUGUGGUUUGGUUUUAAUCUAUGAUGGUUAAUGAAUAAUCAUUUGUUUUAUACAAUAAGUUUGCUAUAUCAUCUUGUGGUUUGAUUGUUACGUUAUAAAUAUUCAAGUGUAAGAUUGUACUUGUAAC